UAGAGAACGUAUUCUAUGACAUCGGUCAAAACUAUCUUGUUUACUACAUUAAAUCCCUGGCACGGCUGUGAAUCGAAAUCUCAGUUCGCAAAACUCCAUCGAUCAAUUCCUUCCAGUAUCACCAGUGACCAUGAAGUUAUCCACUACUAUCUUCAUGCUCGCGUCAACUUUGUCCCUUGUCUCAGCAGUGCCUGCUCGACCUCGAGUAUCCGUAAACAAGAACGACAUAUUUUUACGUGCAGCUUCUUGUCUUGACCUCGGAUGCGACUUCGACACCGACUGCUACGGGUGGAGAUGUGGUGAUUGUAGCAGCAGUUUCAAAUGCGGAUGCCCACCUGAGGCAGUAAGCUUAGUUCCACUCGAUAAAUAUUUUCUAUGCUAACUUGCUGCUCAAGGGGGGAGGUACUUGUUAGGG